UUGUCGAGAACGGUACACACUCCCCCAACUCUUCGAACCCAUAUUUUUCCUGCAUCAAUAACUCGGAUAGAAAAUCGGGAAUUGCCCUGAGUAAAGACGAAAAUGGGGUUGGGUCAACUCGCUUCUCGAGCUCUCAUACGAUCCUCCCGAUUCACCACCGCCACCAGAACUUCCCACUUCCGCCGGACCAUCGUCUCCACGCCGGAGCUUCACAACUCCGAGGCUGCAGCGGCUCAAUCCCAGUCCGAACCAGAUCUUCCGAAGCGGACCCCGGUUGGAGGUGCCCGGGUCCAUUUCCCCAACCCGGACGAUGCCAUUGAGGUAUUUGUAGAUGGUUACCCGGUUAAAAUCCCCAAGGGUAUGACGGUCCUACAGGCCUGUGAGAUCGCUGGGGUUGACAUCCCUAGAUUUUGCUAUCACAGUCGUCUAUCAAUCGCUGGAAACUGCCGUAUGUGCCUUGUUGAAGUAGAGAAGUCCCCCAAGCCGGUCGCCUCUUGUGCCAUGCCUGCUCUCCCGGGAAUGAAGAUUAAGACUGAUACGCCUAUUGCAAAGAAGGCAAGAGAAGGGGUGAUGGAGUUCUUAUUGAUGAAUCAUCCAUUGGACUGCCCAAUUUGUGAUCAGGGUGGAGAGUGUGAUCUUCAGGAUCAGUCUAUGGCUUUUGGUUCUGAUCGAGGUCGUUUUACUGAAAUGAAGAGAUCGGUUGUUGAUAAGAACCUAGGCCCAUUGGUCAAAACUGUUAUGACUCGAUGUAUUCAGUGUACAAGGUGUGUAAGGUUUGCAACAGAGGUAGCUGGUGUUCAGGAUCUUGGCAUGCUGGGUCGUGGCAGUGGAGAAGAGAUUGGAACUUAUGUAGAGAAACUAAUGACAAGUGAACUUUCAGGGAAUGUGAUAGAUAUUUGUCCUGUAGGAGCCCUCACUUCAAAACCUUUUGCCUUUAAAGCCCGAAACUGGGAGUUGAAGGGAACAGAGAGCAUUGACAUCACUGAUGCUGUUGGCUCAAACAUCCGAAUUGACAGCAGAGGUCCAGAGGUCAUGCGCAUUCUGCCACGAUUGAAUGAGGUAUUUUGAAAUGUAGUGUUGUUU